CUCUCCCUCUCUCUCUCUCCCUCCGUCGGGGAGGAGCGGGCGUCAUUAAUAAGCAAUUAGAAAGGUCACCCGGGCCCAUAUAUAUGUUCCAGCCCCGGAGUUGCGUCCCAGACUUCGCGACUUGGCCCUGAGCUGGGAAUCGGCUGGGGGGCCGCGCCUCCCCUCCAGCUCUCUCGGAGCCCCUUCCUUCCUUCUUCGCCCGACCCUCGCGGCUCUGCCUCGCCGGCCUUCCCCAUGAUGGGCUCGGUGCUGCCGGCCGAAGCGCUGGUCCUCAAAGGGGCGCUGAAGCCCCCCAGCCUCUCCCUGGCCGAGGUCAUCACGUCGGAUAUCCUGCACAGCUUCCUCUACGGCCGCUGGAGGAACGUGCUGGGCGAGCAGCUGCUGGAGGAGAAGAGCGGCGGGGCGGCGGCGGCCGGGGGUGGCCUGAGCGGCGGCCACGGGAACCCCAAAACGGCCUUCACGGCGGAGGUCCUGGCACAAUCCUUCUCCGGAGAAGUCCAGAAGCUCUCCAGUCUCGUCCUGCCCUCGGAGGUCAUCAUCGCCCAAAGCUCCAUCCCUGGGGAAGGACUGGGCAUCUUCUCCAAAACCUGGAUCAAGGCCGGCACAGAGAUGGGACCAUUUACGGGCCGGAUCAUCUCUCCCGAACACGUGGACCUGUGCAAGAACAACAGUCUCAUGUGGGAGGUGUUCAAUGAGGACGGGACCGUCCGAUACUUCAUUGAUGCGAGCCAAGAAGACCAUCGCAGUUGGAUGACCUACAUCAAAUGCGCCCGGAACGAGCAGGAACAGAAUUUGGAAGUGGUCCAGAUUGGGAAUAGCAUCUUCUACAAAGCCAUUGAGAUGAUCCCACCUGAUCAAGAGCUGCUGGUUUGGUACGGGAAUUCUCACAACACCUUUUUGGGGAUUCCUGGCGUUCUGGGACACGAAGAGGAACAGAAGAAGGCCAAACAUGAGGACUUCCACCUGGUCGAAGGCGGGGUCAACUCCGUGGGCCGCAUGCGCUGCGUCAUCUGCCACCGAGGCUUCAACUCCCGCAGCAACCUGCGCUCCCACAUGCGCAUCCACACCCUGGACAAGCCCUUCGUCUGCCGCUUCUGCAACCGGCGCUUCAGCCAGUCCUCCACGCUGCGCAACCACGUCCGCCUCCACACCGGCGAACGGCCCUACAAGUGCCAAGUCUGCCAAAGCGCCUACUCCCAGCUGGCCGGCCUCCGGGCGCACCAGAAAAGCGCCCGGCACCGUCCCCCCAACGGGGCCCUGCAGCCACACUCCCCCGCCCUGCCCGUGCCGCACCCCACGGCUCUGGGACACCACAUCCCCACCAUGGUGCUGUGAAGGCCGGGUGGACUCGCCCGGGGCAGGCGGAGGGCUGCUUACUCCAGCGGCAGCCAACACUGCACGACGGGGCCCUGGGCACGCUCCCCCCGGGGGCUCCGGCUGCCCCCCCCCCCCCGUUGGACACACGUGCCUGGGUUUCUGUACAGCCACCCUGGCUCUGCCCCCACAGAGCAAUGCGGGCAUAAGAGUGCAGGAUGUCGGGGGAAGAUGCGGUUCUCAGCCCUUCUCUUGCGGGCGACCAGGGGGAAGGAAACGGAUCGUCUUUUGCGGGGUCGGGAGGAUGAAGGAUGAAGGUUUUCCAGGGCCCGGCCGGUUGGGGGAGGCGCAGCUGUCGGGGGAAGCAAGUUGUGGUAGAAACGGGACGAUGAAAAAAGAGGAGAGGAAGGAGGAAUGGCAGAUUGUUGCCCAGGAGUUUCUCCACCCAGGAAGGAAAGGAAGGAAGGAAAGGAAGGAAGGAAGGAAGGAAGGAUAAAUUGGUAAGCUGCCCAGAAUCAUCUUGUAGGGGAGAUGGGAGCAUAUACAGACAGACCCCUAAGCCAACGGGGUUCCAAUCUAGAAUAUCUCACAGGACUGAUGCUCCUUGCCUGAGUCUAGAGAUCAUUUCCCAAAAAGAAAGAAUUAAUUUGAGGCAAAUUCUGCAUUUUGGACAGCCUGUAGUCCUCCCCUCGUUGCUCAUUUCCCAUUUCAGCCACAAGGGGGAGUCUUUCCCUUCCCCCAUUUGCGACGCGGGACUCCUUUGCAAAGGGCCCUCUCUUUUUAUUGUCAUUUUAACCGGUUUCACACAUUUUUCUGCCUCUCUCCUUGUGUAAGCUUGCCUGAUGGAUGAAAAACAGUUGCCCACUCACGUUUAAAACUUGGAGGAUGUUCUAACCUGGGCUUCCUUAACAAGCACGAAGGGGAGUCUUGGUCCUGGCAAAACACCUUUCAUUUACACGACUGUGGAUUCCUUUCAUUCCCAGUCAGCAAGGCUUAGUAAAACAGUCUUUUCAAAGGAAUGUUUAUCCACACGAACCUUAUCUCGCUUGGA